AGACACGAUGGGUGUGGGAGGCGCGUCGUCCAUGAAUGCACAAGGUUACUUCAACAACGUCGACCACUACACCCAUCAGGCAGCGCAGCAAACCCACCCCGACCCAGUUUUAGGAGUUUUCUGCUCUACUUUCCGACGCGCCUUACGUUUUAGACAUAUCUGUUGGGUACUUUUUCGGCUCUGUUUUCAACAUGCCACUCGUCGUUCCCGCUCUCCGUUUGUUCAUGGUUUUUAUGAAUGUAUAUGACACGUACAAGACUCUCAAAAUACCACCUGGACGCAAGGGUGGUCCCCCUAGCAUCAGGGCAAUGACUCAGAGAAAGAGGGACCUCAAAGGGUGUCUCGCAGUUUGGGUUGUUUGGUGCUGUCUUGCAGCAUAUGAGAGAACGUUUGACCGUUUUGUCAGCUUCAUCGUACCGUUCUACAGUGAAAUCAAGUCAGUCACGCUACUGUUUCUCCUGCUGACCCGUGCUAAGGGAGCUGAACCUCUGUAUUUGCAUAUUCUGCGCCCACUUAUCAAACCAUAUGUGGACACCGUGGACCCAUUGCUUGAUCUAGCAAGGGAUAUUGGAGAUUUUCUGUUUGCUCUCUCACAAGUACCGCUCAAUUAUGUACUCUCUCUAUGCUCGGGUCUUCCUUGGCACACAGAAGAAAAUGAGUCAGCCGCCGACCUCACCGAAAACACCCCCGAGUUGAGCACGACACGCUCUAGCGGUGACUCGAAUAUACCUAUUGUGACUAAAACACACGCUACUGUGGAUUCAGAUCCCCGGGUCGCGGCAAAGCGCUCAGUCGCUGUCCACAGUGUCUCCAAUAAUAGGGUGCGACCGAAGUCCCGUCAACCUCCCGUUGAUUCCUAUGAGAGCAUGUCGCUCCGCAUGCGGCAUUCCAAGUCGUCCUCAAUCACAACCCUCCCACACUAUCCCAACGAUACAGUUGGUCGUAUUCAUGCGCGUCCCACAACAAGCAAUACUAGAACAGCUGCAUACGAGAUUUGGUGUCCCCCGCCGCCUGCGUACGAAGAGGAACACAAACGAAGCCGUUCGUCUAUUGGACGGUCGGAAAUAACCAAUCUAUCCACUCCCAAUUUGGCGACCCCUCCACCUACAGUUAUCGUCAGCGAACCAGUUGACGAAGACUGGAGAGGGUACCCACCUUUUCCUUCGGCAUACCCACCGACGCCCUUGACUGCAUCUCAUUCUCUUUCUGGAGCCAUGCCAUCCGGACGGGAUAAUUUGAUCCACCCACCUUCUACCCAGACCACUGUAGUUUCGCCCAUUCCGGAGAAUACAUUGAUGGACUAUAACCAGGUUUUUGAUGUAUCGCUCCAGCAAGCGCAUGAGCCCGCGAGCCCUGGUUCUCGCAGCUUACAAGUUCAUCCUAGUAUAGAUGGGUCCCAAUCAUCCGGCGGUGCAGGCAACCUGGAUGAGGAUGAGGAUGCGUAUAGAGAUGACGACGAUGACGACUUUAAUGUCACUUUACGGACUCCUUAUCGCUCAUUCCCAUCGUCAGUUGCAUCGAACGCGUCUUCCUCUGUGGCGAGCCUUCCAAGUGCUUUGACCACUAACGAUAACGAGUCGUCCUUGCAUACCAGCAGCUCCUCGGAGUCCACUCGUUCCUUUCAUACAUCUGAUUCGUCGCAUUAUGCAGGACAAAAACGCCCAUACCCGACUGUUACCACGACAAGUCGAGCUGCAGCUGUCGGCACUAUACCCAAGAAUGCUACCAUGCGUGGCAAGGCUACUACUACUGCCCCGUCUUACGGAAACGACCUUGACUCUGAUCCCAGCGAAACUGACACUGAUAGCAGUGAUGGUGAAGACGGUGCAGCUAAGAGGAGAAAAGUUCUUGAGCCUACGCGGCGAACCACAUAUCUGCGUCCUACUGCCAAGUCCACUACAAGCGUCCGCAAGCCUUCAUUGACUACCAGAAACUUCCCGGCAUCCUCUCGCGGGAAAAUUAGCGCUCCUGCACCAAAAACUGGUACUCGCGGUGGUUCACGUGCUGUACCCCAGACGGUAGGAGUAGCUUCCCGCGGAGAUACCUUGCGCGCACAGACACGAAGAAGCGCAUCAAAAUUGCCGUCACAAGAUGCUGGGACCUAUCCUCGCACGGUUACCUCACGAAACAAGACUUGAUGUCAGUUUCAUGACUCCAAAUUCAAUGCACUCUCUUUCUGAGCUCCCCUUUCAUUCACAUUAUCGUUCACUGUAAACAAACCAUGUUGCUUAGUACAUACACAUUCUAUUGCAUUCAAAUCGUCGUUCGAGUAUCAGAAGGUCUUGGUCCCGGCAUUCAUUUGAUGUGGUCUUACUAGUAGCGUUUGAAGAACUCGGCUUAUCCCUGCCAAUAUGCCUUCUGUUGACUUAUUUGCAAUUUAAAUCCUCUGGCUCUGUUACCCGC